AUGGUACGUAUGCCCGCGCCGCAUCUCAUGCUCAGAGCAUGCAGAGGCGACUGCGAUUCUGAUGUUUUAUUCGCUUUUGCCACCGCAUGUUUGGCUAAUUCUGGCCCGCUCUCGCAGUUACCCCUCGGUCUUUUGAACGCUGCCCAAGGGCACCCCAUGCUCGUAGAGCUCAAGAACGGCGAAACGCUGAACGGCCACCUCGUCAUGUGCGACACUUGGAUGAAUUUGACGUUGAAGGAGGUCGUGCAGACGAGUCCGGAAGGUGACAAGUUUGUUAAGAUACCCGAGGUUUACGUGAAGGGAAACAACAUUAAAUACCUCCGAGUUCCCGACGAUAUUAUCGAUCUGGUCAAGGAGAACCAGCAGAACAACCAGGGAGGUUUCCGCGGAGGCAGGGGCGGACAAUCGAGAGGCGACCACGGCGGUCGUGGCGGAGACAGGGGACGUGGCAGAGGACAGAGAGGCGGCCGUGGAAGGGGCCGCGGCCCAUCAUCAUGA